AUGCCUCAUCUCCCAACAACGGAGGACGACGCGGAAGAGGCGACUACGCGUUCGCAAGUUGAUCCCACUGUCUCCAGGUCCCGCCCGUCCUUCUUCAACCGGUUGAAGGGUGCUUUCAGAUCGAGGUCUCCGAGUCGUGAGGCUGCCCCAGCUGCCGGUGUACUCUCCAGGUCCAGGAGAGAGGUCUUCCAGAGAGACGAUCAGAGUGACGUUGGAGAUAUCAAUUUGGGAAGGUCAAGAGCAAGCAGCGUUCAAUCGCUUCCUCAGAUCAGCGUCGAAUCAGAAUCACCCUUGCAUGGCAAUGAGAGGGUUCAAUCUCGCUUGGAAACAAGAGGACGUGGCAAGGCUGUUCAGAAUGCCACGCCUGGUAUAUCAUCAUCUGGGACAGUGCAAUCUUCUGCUCAGAAUGCGCAGCCCAGUCUGAAGACAAGUUCUCUGGACCCCGCAGUUGUGGAAGCAGCCCGCACAGCUGCAUUGCAGACAGCCAUUGAAAUGAAAGGCGGCGCUGCACCAGUUUCUGGAAUUACUCCAGGAAUCAGUGGGAUGGGCAGUUCAAUCGACGUUGGCCAUUUUAUGUCAUCUUUUCUCAGCACAUUGUCCAAGUUCAAUUCUGCCGUGGACAAAAUCGCACAGAUUCAUCCUUACGCGCAAGCUGCAUGGACAAUCCUUUCUUUCGCAUCCAAGGCAAUUGUAAACCAGGAUAUCCGCGAUGGCUCGAUCCUUACAUUAUUGAAAAAGAUGGAUGCUGUGUACACUUUUCUCACUGCAGCGGAUUUACGGGAUAUUGAAUCAAUGAAGGGCAUCAUAGAGAAAAUCUGUCACCAGACAUUGGAGUGCUCCUACUUCAUACGGGAAUUUUCUCAGAAUACAAAAUUCCGGAUGAGGUUGCUCAAGAACUUGCUAUCUGAUACGGAUGAUCGCGUACAGGAGUUUAGCAAUGUCUUUGACGAUCUUUUGCAGCAGUUUCGGGACAAGGCCGCCCGCAGCACGCUGAUCGUGGUGCAUCGUAUCUGGGAAGACAUCGCCGAGCUAGCGCAUGACUCCGACUUGCAGCACAUGCCCUACGUUCAAGGUGCAGGCCUUAACCUUCAGAAAAUCUGCCUUGAGGGGACCCGGGAGCAAAUUCUCAAGGAUAUCAUUGAUUGGGUCAAUUUGAAUGGCCAGGAUGACACGUCUCGCAUUUUCUGGCUCCACGGUAACGCCGGAACUGGUAAAUCUUCAAUCGCACAUACCAUCGCUAACUACUUUGAAAAACUGGGACGGCUCGGGUCCUGCUUUUGCUUUGAUCGCAACAAGUUUGCGGAGGAACGGCAUAACAAGAUAUUUACAGUAAUUGCCCAGGAUCUCGCACACACAGACAAGAAUAUACAGAAAGAGCUGGCGGGGAUUGUGCACCUCAACAAGGCACUCAGCAAUACAAGUGACAUUAUACAACAAUGGAGAGAGCUUGUGGUGAAGCCUAUUUGCAAACUGUCCGAAUCGAUGGUUGGGCCUAUUGUAAUCGUCAUCGAUGCGUUGGACGAGAGUGGGAACCCGGAAUCACGCAAAAACCUGCUUCGUAUUCUCGCUGGAAAGUUGAAAGCUGAUAAUGACAGUCAUGUCUCGAAGCUUCCGCCAAAUGUUCGAAUCAUUCUUACCUCGCGAACAUUAUCUGACAUAUACAACACCUUGAACGACGUUGAUCACGUCCAUUCAGUUGCAAUGGAUUCCAUCUCGACCACCUCGACCGCAAGUGAUAUUGCUUACUAUAUCUCUGAGGAGUUGGAGGAUAUCGAAAUCAGAGGAAAUGACGUGUCUCGGCUUUCCUCUGCUGCGGGUGAGUUGUUCGAGUGGGCUCGUCUGGCAUGUGCAUAUGUCAGAGGAGACGAUGAUGCUGGAACGGAUGCAAAGGAGCGCCUGGAACAUCUUUUGGUACGCACUGAAGACGCGGGUGUGCUUCUUGACAAGAUGUAUCUGUUGGUCCUCGAGACACUUCUGCCCAAGGACCAGCCACUACGCCCUAUGCGCCUUCAACGAUUCCUUUCUGUGAUAUCCCAAAUACUUGGGAGUGCGGAGCCGCUAACUAUGGACACUUUGGCCUCUAUGAGGCGCUACUUUCUUGAUAAUGGUCUUGGGAUAGUUGAUGUCCGCACAAUCAUCAAACCAAUGGGUGCACUGCUUAGUGGGACUACCGAUCCAUGUGCUGUAAUCCGUCCGCUCCAUGCGUCGUUCCCGGAAUUUUUGUUGGAUGAAAAACGAAGCGGCGAAUUCUUCAUUGACAUGUCCCGUAUUCACGUUGACCUUGCAACUGCAUCACUAUCAAUCAUGAAAGAGCAACUUCGAUUCAACAUAUGCCAGCUGCCGAGUUCUUAUUUGCCAAACUCUGAGGUUGAGGACCUUGAUCAACGGAUUAACGAUUGCAUAUCUCGUGAAUUAUCGUACUCUAGCCGGUUCUGGACAAACCACUUGCAACUCGCGGAAUAUCAUGUCAUUCUUGUAGAUGCUAUGCGAGAAUUUUUCAAUCAUGAACGGUUACUCUUUUGGAUUGAAAUCUUGAGCUUACUCAAGUUGGUGAAUACUUGUGCUCAAGCGAUGUGGAGUGUUAUUAAAUGGGUAAGUGGUGGCAACUGUUUUCUAAUUGUUCAAGCAUGUGCUAAUAUACUACAGUCUUCCACAAAUUGUGCGGAUAUUGCUGAUUAUGCAUCAGAUGUGCAAAAAUUUGUUCGGAUGUUUGGUGGUGCGAUUGCUCACAGUACCCCACAUCUUUACCUGUCUGCACUCCCGUUCUCGCCUGAAAACUCGCAUAUUAAUCAGGCAUUUGGGGACCGAUUCUGCAAGAUGCUUCGUAUGGAUUCUGGCAGGAGCAUUGAUUGGCCGGUUCUACAAGAGACUUUGAAAGGCCAUGAGGGCAAUAUUAAUUGUGUUGCUUUUUCACCAGAUGGGAAGCACAUUGUUUCUGGCUCAAAUAAUAGAACUCUAAGACUAUGGGAUGCUGAGACUGGGGAGCAGAUUGGGGCACCUCUUGAGGGUCAUGAGCAUUGGGUGUGGUCUGUUGCCUUUUCACCAGAUGGAAGGCAUAUUGUUUCUGGCUCAUUAGACAAGACCCUAAGGCUAUGGGAUGCUCAGACUAGAGAGCAGAUUGGAGCACCUCUUGAAGGUCAUCAAGAUUGGGUAUGGUCUGUUGCCUUUUCACCAGAUGGGAAGCAUAUUGUUUCUGGUUCACGUGAUAGCACACUAAGACUAUGGAAUGCUGAGACUAGAGAGCAGAUUGGGGCACCUUUUGAGGGUCAUCAGAGUUUUGUGCAGUCUGUUGCCUUUUCACCUAAUGGAAGGCACAUUAUUUCUAGUUCAGAUGACAAAACACUAAGACUUUGGGAUGCUGAGACUGGAAAGCAAAUUGGAGCACCUUUUGUGGGUCAUCAGGAUUCUAUGCAGUCUGUUGUCUUUUCACCUGAUGGAAGAUGCAUUGUUUCUGGUUCAUAUGAUCAGACACUCCAGAUGUGGGAUGCUAAAUCUAGACAACAGAGUAUCCCUUUUAAGGGUCAACAUGGUUUGGUGCAGUGUAUUGCCUUUUCACCAGAUGGAAGGCAUAUUGUCUCUAGUUUACAUAACAAAACACUAAGAAUUUGGGAUGCUAGGACGAGAAAGCAGAUUGGGAUACCUUUUGAGGGUCAUCAAGAUUGGGUGCGGGCAGUUGCCUUUUCACCAGAUGGAAGGCGCAUUGUUUCUGGGUCAGAUGAUAAAACACUGAAGUUAUGGGAUGCUAAGACUGAAGAACAGAUUGGAAUACCACUUGAGGGUAAUCAGAAUUUUCUACAGUCAAUUUCCUUUCCAUUAUCUGGAAGGCCCAUUAUUUCUAGUUUACAGAAUAAAACACUAAAGUCACCUGAUGCUAAAAUUAAAGAGCAGGUUAGAAUACCUAUCAAGGGACAUUUGGAUAAUAUAUUGUCUAUUGCCUUUUCACCAAAUGGCAGGCAGAUUAUUUCUGGUUCACAAGACAAAAUAUUAAGGUUGUAG